ACCUUUACUAAUUCCUCAUUUCAUUUCAUUUCACACUAAUAAAACAAAACCCAACCAUAAACACUUUAUUAUGUUCUUCCUAUUAAUUUCUUAUAUAUAUUCUCAUUACUAUCAAUUACAUUUUCCUUUAAUUCAUCUCUGCUGCAAAACAAAAACUAUAUUGUCCUAUUCUACUAUGCGUUCAUGUCUCUUUCUCUUUUAGAUUUUGAAUGAACGCGUUCUAUCAAAUAAUCUAGCUAAGAUUUUUUCCGUUUCUCUAUAUAUAAAGUAAUUCUCCUAACUUUCUUCAAUUAAUCUCUCUACACUUGUCCACUUUAUCAACGCGUGUCAAACAUUAGCAUAAUAACAUUGCAUACCAAAUUUCACAUUUCUUUUCAUUUAAUGUCUUUAACGAAAAAUUUGAUUGAAGACUGAAAAGGGAAAACACUAAAGACUGAUCAAUGAAUGAUAUACCGAAGCACGAACGCCGAUGGGCGUCAGACAGUGUUCCCGGAAAAGCAACUGUCAGCGCCGGUACUUCGCCGGGAACGGAGUCAAGCUACACCGGUGAUGAAUUUGUGGAGGUUACGCUUGAUCUUCGAGACGAUGAUACAAUCGUUCUUCGUAGUGUUGAGCCAGCUGUUAUUAAUAUCGACGAUUCCUCCGUCGCCGGAAGCGGUUACGAUACUCCGGUGUCUGUUCCACGGUCACCGUCGAUGCGGAGAAGCUCCUCGAGAGGAUUCCGGCAUUUCUCACAGGAGCUGAAAGCAGAGGCGGUUGCUAAGGCAAAGCAAUUCUCGCAGGAGCUACGGCGAUUCUCGUGGAGUCACGGUCAUGCUUCGCGAACUCUUUCAUCUUCAUCCGCUCGAGCCGGAACUAGUACCACCGCCGGCGGUGGUUUUGAAACGGCGUUGGCGGCAAGAGCUCUGAGGAAGCAACGCGCUCAGCUUGAUCGGACUCGAACCGGUGCUCAUAAAGCACUGCGUAGUUUGAAAUUCAUCAGCAGUAAAUCCAACGGUGUUGAUGCGUGGAACGAAGUGCAGAAGAAUUUUGAUAAGCUUGCGAAAGACGGUUUUCUUCAUCGCGUUGAUUUCGGUCAAUGCAUAGGUAUGAAAGAUUCGAAGGAAUUUGCACUGGAACUCUUUGAUGCUCUUGGACGAAAACGAAGGUUGAAGGUUGAAAAGAUAAACAGGGAAGAACUUUUCGAAUUUUGGUCGCAAAUUACUGAUCAAAGUUUCGAUUCCAGGCUCCAGAUCUUCUUUGACAUGGUGGACAAGAACGAAGAUGGAAGAAUCACCGAAGAAGAAGUAAAAGAGAUUAUCAUGUUAAGUGCUUCUGCAAAUAAGUUAUCUAGACUGCAGGAGCAGGCCGAAGAAUAUGCAGCUCUCAUCAUGGAAGAGUUAGACCCUGAAAGACUUGGCUACAUCGAGCUAUGGCAAUUGGAGACACUUCUUUUACAAAAGGACACGUAUCUCAACUACAGCCAAGCUCUAAGCUAUACAAGCCAAGCUUUGAGCCAGAACUUACAGGGGCUUAGAAAGAAAAGUCCUAUACGCAGGAUGAGCCGCAGAUUUAUUUAUUAUUUGCAAGAGAAUUGGAAGAGACUUUGGAUUUUAACAUUGUGGGUAUGCAUCAUGAUUGGGCUCUUCACGUGGAAGUUUAUUCAAUAUACGCGAAAGGAUGCUUUCCAUAUAAUGGGUUACUGUCUUCCCACAGCCAAAGGUGGGGCUGAGACCCUGAAGUUCAACAUGGCACUUAUACUCUUGCCCGUCUGCAGAAACACCAUAACUUGGCUCAGGUCUACCAAGCUGUCCUAUGUUAUACCUUUUGACGAUAACAUCAACUUCCACAAGACAAUUGCUGGGGCAAUCGUGAUUGGUGUUAUACUUCAUGCCGGGGAUCACCUUGCUUGUGAUUUUCCAAGACUUGUAAGUUCGUCUGAAGCUGAUUAUCAGAAGUAUUUGAAAGGUGUAUUUGGUCAUAACAGACCCAGUUAUGGAGACAUAGUAAAAGGGGUUGAGGGUGUCACUGGAAUUCUGAUGGUGGUUUUAAUGGCAAUAUCAUUUACACUUGCAACAAAAUGGUUCAGGAGAAAUCUCAUUAAGCUGCCUGAACCAUUUAGUAGGCUCACUGGCUUCAAUGCUUUCUGGUAUUCACACCAUCUGUUUGUCAUUGUCUAUGUUCUGCUCAUCAUCCAUGGUGUAAAACUUUACCUCGUGCACAAAUGGUACUAUCAAACGACAUGGAUGUAUCUUACAGUUCCGCUUUUACUCUAUGCAUCCGAAAGAACACUCAGAUUAUUUCGCUCUGGUUUAUAUACAGUCCGUCUAAUAAAGGUUGCUAUUUAUCCUGGAAAUGUUCUCACAUUGCAAAUGUCCAAGCCUCCUCAAUUUCGCUACAAAAGCGGACAAUACAUGUUUGUACAAUGUGCUGCUGUCUCUCCGUUUGAGUGGCAUCCGUUUUCUAUUACCUCAGCCCCUGGGGAUGACUAUCUGAGUGUUCACAUUCGACAACUGGGUGACUGGACUCAGGAGCUUAAAAGGGUAUUUUCUGAGGUUUGUGAGCCUCCUGUGUCCGGAAGGAGUGGGCUUCUCAGGGCUGAUGAAACGACAAAGAAAAGUUUGCCUAAGUUAAAGAUAGAUGGACCUUAUGGUGCCCCAGCACAAGACUACAGAAAAUACGACGUUUUGUUGUUGGUCGGUCUCGGUAUAGGAGCAACUCCUUUCAUCAGCAUUCUGAAAGAUCUUCUCAACAACAUUGUCAAAAUGGAGGAGCUGGCGGACUCAGUCUCUGAUACAAGUAGAGGUUCAGACCUUAGCGUUGGGAGUACUGAUUCACCAUCUCUUAAUAAAACUACUCCAAAAAGGAAGAAAACACUGAAGACUACCAAUGCUUAUUUCUACUGGGUUACAAGAGAGCAAGGCUCUUUUGAUUGGUUCAAAGGAGUCAUGAAUGAAGUAGCUGAGCUUGAUCAAAGGGGUGUCAUUGAGAUGCACAACUACUUAACUAGCGUAUACGAGGAAGGAGAUGCUAGAUCCGCCCUUAUCACCAUGGUUCAAGCACUUAACCAUGCCAAAAAUGGAGUUGAUAUUGUUUCUGGAACCAGGGUACGGACGCAUUUUGCUAGGCCUAAUUGGAAGAAAGUUUUCUCAAAAAUGUGUUCCAAGCACUAUAGUGGACGAAUAGGUGUAUUUUAUUGUGGUGCGCCGGUUUUGGCCAAAGAACUUAAUAAACUAUGCUUCGAGUUCAAUGAAAAGGGUCCAACAAAAUUUGAGUUCCACAAGGAGCAUUUCUAACUAAUUUGGAUUGAGCUGAAGCCCGUUAUAGCAAAUUGAUGUGGCCUGAUUAUAUGAUUUUGUUCAAUAAGCUCGAACCUUUUUUGUAUAGAAUGCGAAACAUCAUUGUACAUACCAGACAGCAAACUUGCUUGGCACUUCAUCAUACAUGUAGCUGCAAAGAAGAUACAACGGCAGCUUAUGCACCAUACAGUACGUUACAAACAUUGAAGACAUUGACUUAAUUGGAAGCUACAUUGAUUAUUGCAGAUAGAUCUGCAGUGAAUUGAAAGGGACAGUUUUGAGGAUAAAGAAAGAUAAAAGGAGGUAAGGGGAAGGGGACAAGGGAUUGGUUAUUUUUUAAGAGAGUAACUUCCUCAUUUUUCUUUGAGUAAAUUCGAUAAUUCUAGAAAAAUAGGGCUGAAAAUGGUGACUCACGCUGGCAUCGUCAUGUAAAGGAGAGCGAGUACUUGCUUUUACGACCCUCUCUCCGUCUCUCAACCGGACCCUGAUUUUUGUUUGGCUUUACUAUUGAGGAAUUUCCCUCAGAGGAAGGGUCUAUAUGUAAAUGAGGCUAAUAUAGUUUUUUCUUUUUUCUUUUAUCAAGGUUACCACUAGAGCUAUCCUUUUACCUUUUGUAUCAUAACACAUUAUGGUUAGAUAGUGAAGAAUACAAAUUAGAAUGAGUUUUUUUGUUGUUGAUAAAAUUAAACAAGUGAGGUGAUGGACUAUUAAUGUGCUCA